AUGGUAGAAGAAGGAAAUACCAUUCAUGCAUAUUUCGGAGGAAUAUAUAAAAAUGUGUCUAAUUAUGUUAACAAUUAUAUGACUGCAUCUGAUCAAGAGAUGCAAAACAAUACCGAUCCAAUAAUGGACAUAAUUACUACGGCACCCAGUGACUCUUUGUAUUUUAUUGAAAGAAUAAACCUCAUAUCAGCUAUUAUAAGCAUAAGUACAUCAUUUCCAUACUUAACAUAUUUAUUUAUUUAUUGGGAUGAUUGCUCAUGUAACGAUAUAUUAAGAUGGUGGAUUGUUAUUAAUAGUAUAUUACAACUAUUACAAGCCCCAAUCCGAUUUUUCUUAUAUUUAUUACUAAGAAAAUAUAAACUUGAAAACGAAAGGAUGCACAUCGAAGCAUUACGAAGACUUACUAGCUCAAAGGGAUGGAAACUCAGCAAAAGAUUUAGCUUAUUAAAUUAUUUAUGGUUUAUAACAGGAACUGUUGUGAUGGUUGUCACAAGAAAACAUACAAAGAAUUAUUAUUUAUGGUUUAUUUCAUGGACUAUUAUAUUAUCAUGCAUAUUUAGAGUAUUCUUUACUAUAAUAUGGUUUUGCUUUUUCUUCCCAUAUCAUCAAAAUAUACCUAAAAAGAAAAAAGGAGUUCCUAAAGCAUUUUUAGCUGAAAUUACAACAUUUAAAUAUUCACCAGAUAGAAAAUUAAAAAAUGAAUCAUGUUCUAUUUGUUUAUCUGAUUUUGUUGAAAAAGAUGAAAUUUUUGAAUUUAGAUGUACGCACAAUUUCCAUACUAAAUGUGCUAAAAAGUGGCUAUCACAAAGAAGACAAUGCCCUCUUUGCCAAAGGGAUGUUAUGAAAUCAGAUUAA